ACGCGCCCGUGUCAGGAGCUCUCCUCGACAGCCUCGCUCAGCACCAUGUCCAGGCAGUCCAGCAUCACUUUCCAGACCGGCAGCCGCAGGAGCUUCAGUGCGGCCUCGGCCACCACCCCAGCCGCCGGCCGCUCCCGCUUCAGCUCGGUCUCCGUGGUCCGCUCUGCAGGCGGCGGUGCGGGGCUGGGCAGGAUGAGCAGCACUGGGGUCGGCUUCGGGAGCCGCAGCCUCUACAACCUGGGGGGCACCAGGCGGGUCUCCAUUGGGGGGUGCGGCAGCAGCUUUCGAGGUUGCUUUGGUGGCAGGGCCAGCAGUGGGUUUGGGGUCAGCAGUGGAUUUGGCUAUGGGGGCACAGCCGGAGGAGGCUACGGGGCCUCCGGCUUCCCUGUUUGCCCACCUGGAGGCAUCCAAGAGGUCACCGUCAACCAGAGCCUCCUGACUCCCCUCAACCUGCAAAUCGACCCCGCCAUCCAGCGGGUGCGGAAAGAGGAGCGGGAGCAGAUCAAGACGCUCAACAACAAGUUUGCCUCGUUCAUUGACAAGGUGAGGUUCCUGGAGCAGCAGAACAAGGUCUUGGAGACCAAGUGGGAGCUUCUUCAGGAGCAGGGCUCCAAGACAGUGAGGCAGAACCUGGAGCCUUUCUUUGACACCUACAUCAAUGACCUCCGCCGGCAGCUGGACAGCAUCACCACAGAGAGGGGCAGGCUGGACGCUGAGCUGAGGAACAUGCAAGACGUUGUGGAAGAUUUCAAAGUCAGGUACGAGGAUGAAAUUAACAAGCGCACCGCUGCAGAGAAUGAGUUUGUGGCCCUGAAGAAGGAUGUGGACUCAGCCUACAUGAACAAGGUGGAACUGGAGGCCAAGGUCAACUCUCUGACUGAUGAGAUCAACUUCUUCCGGAUGCUCUUUGAGGCCGAGCUAUCCCAGAUGCAGACCCAGGUCAGUGACACGUCUGUGGUCCUGUCCAUGGACAACAACCGCAGCCUGGACCUGGACAGCAUCAUCGCCGAGGUCAAGGCCCAAUACGAGGACAUCGCCAACCAUAGCCGGGCCGAGGCUGAGUCCUGGUACCAGACCAAGUAUGAGGAGCUGCAGGUCACAGCCGGCCGGCACGGCGAUGAUCUCCGCAACACCAAGCAAGAGAUCUCUGAGAUGAACCGGGUGAUCCAGAGGCUGAGAGCCGAGAUCGACAGCGUCAAGAAACAGUGUUCGAGCCUGCAAACGGCCAUCGCUGACGCAGAACAGCGUGGAGAGCUGGCCCUCAAGGAUGCCCGGGCCAAGCUAGUGGACCUAGAGGAGGCCCUGCAGAAGGCCAAGCAAGACAUGGCCCGGCUGCUGCGCGAGUACCAGGAGCUCAUGAACGUCAAGCUGGCCCUGGACGUGGAGAUCGCCACCUACCGCAAGCUGCUGGAGGGCGAGGAGUGCAGGCUGAGCGGAGAGGGCGUUUUUCCUGUUAACAUCUCUGUGGUCACCUCCACUGUUUCCAGUGGCUACGGCAGCGGCAGCAGCCUUGGAGGCGGAAGUCUGGGUCUCAGUGGGGGCAGCGGCUACUCCUUCACCACCAGCGCUGGGCACAACCUGGGCUCAGGCCUGGGCAGCUCCAGCUUCAGCGCCAGUAGCAGCCGGGGCCUUGGGAGCAGUGGCUCCAGUGUCAAGUUUGUCUCUACCACAUCCUCCAGCCGGAAGAGCUACAAGCAUUAAAAGCAGCCACCCCACUCCCCCACCCCUGCACUGAAGCCUGCCGGCUUGCUGACCUGGCCUGUCUAUACUCACAGACACGAUACCUGGGUCCUUCUCCUUCUUCUCCCCUGGCCCAUCUGUGCUGCCAGGAAGCAAGCCUGGUGUCCUGGCUAAACCCUAUUCCCCAGCUUAAGCUAGCCUCUGCCCUCCUGACAGUCCCCAGAGUGCCCCACCCCCCCGCCCUCUCUGUGCCAAUGCCCUCCCUCUCUCAACAUUUACAUAUGGCUUAUCUUGCGGAGACCACCCCCCUUCAACUCCUCCUUCUUCCUCCCCACCUUCCAGAUGCAAAGAUGGGGAGUGGGUGUUUCCCAGGCCAUCUCAAUGCCAGGUUGGCAGCCCACCUGUCCCACAAUGCUUAU